GGUCACUCUCUCCCUCCCACUGUGAAAAAGUUUAAAAUUAAAGCUCCCCCACUCCAAUAAAUACCAGAGACUGAUCUUUUCGUCAUAAUCAGAUGCUCUCUCCAUCAAAAUGCUCAAUCCGCCUCAACUUCAAUCCAUCUCUUUAACUCUAAUUGCUAUAAUGCGCCAUGGGUAAGGCGGCCAAGUGGUUCCGUUCGCUUUUCAGCUCCAAAAAGCCGCCGGCAUCUUCGCCGGCGAAAGACAACAAGAAGAAUAAGUGGGCCCUCUCCGAUUCCGUCGAUGCUUCGCUCAAGUUCAAGAAUUAUGUCCAAGACCCCAUGGCCAGUCCCUACAUUGAGGGACUCGACGCCAACAAGCAUGCAAUAGCGGUCGCCGCCGCCACCGCGGCUGUCGCCGAGGCCGCGCUGGCUGCCGCCCAAGCCGCCGCGCAGGUGGUCCGAUUGACUAGCGGCGGUGGGAGUGGGAGAACUGCGCCCUACCUUGCUGAUCGGAGGUCUGUAUUGGCCGCCGUCAAGAUUCAGUCGGCUUUCCGAGCUUAUUUGGCUAAGAGAGCUUUGAGAGCUCUUAAGGGAUUAGUGAAGCUUCAAGCCCUGGUGAGAGGCCACAUUGUGAGAAAGCAAAGUGCAGAUAUGCUCUACCGCAUGCAAACAAUGGCCAAGAUCCAGGCUCGAGCUUCUGCACAUCGAUCUUACACAUCAGAGUCUUCUGAUGCCAGAAUUAACUUCUUCUCUAAUUCCAAUCAUACAGGCAUGGCAACUCUCGGUAAAAACACAGAGAGGUCAAAUACUUUGAAACAUGGUGGAUCUCUUCUUAAGCAACAUCAUUCAAGAUCACACAUUGGAAACAAUGCCAUCAAGGAGAAGUCACAUAUAGCUUCCAGAUGGUUAAAUCACUGGAUGGAACAAAGCGCAUGGAACAACCUCCACGAGGCCUCCCUAGAGAGUGGGCAUGCUGAUGAUGAUAGAAACGACAAGAUAUUGGAGAUAGAUACAUGGAAGCCUCGCCAGAAGACCAGUGGAGACGACCGAGCAAUUCCUAACUCCCACUAUUUCUCAGCAUGGAAGAAUAAUGACUUAGGACAGGACCAUUCGAAGAGAGUCUUCUCAAAGCUUCAAAAACCGAAUCCUAGUAUCUCAUCCGAAGAAGCAAGGACAGCUGACAACAGCCCAAGAGUACACUCAGCUUCGUCUAGACCGACCAGCAACCUAAGGGGCCCGUUCACUCCUACUAGGAGCGAGUGCUCUAGAAGUGUUUUUGGUGAUUAUCUGAGUCACCCCAGUUACAUGGCGAAUACUGAAUCGUCCCGGGCUAAAGCCCGGUCUCAUAGCGCCCCAAAGCAGAGAACAACGCAGUACGAGGAGCUCGCCUCAAGCGCUAAGCAUGGCUGUGAUCCUUGGAAUAUGGACACUAUCUCAGAAAAGGGUUCUGCAUUGAGCAACACAUAUAUAUACUCUGGUCUUGUAAAGAGGCAAGGGACUCCAAGAAACGAUGGCGGCUACAGCCGUAGGGCCUUCAGAUGAAUUUCUUUGCCAUGGCUACUGUCUGGGCUACAUCAUAAAAGUUGGUGUGUGAAGAAGAUUCUCAUAUUGCAGUACAUGAGAUUAUUGCUAGAGCUUAUGGUAAGCACAAAAAAGGAGUAGUAGUUUGGAGGAAAAAGAGCCCAAGAUUUUCUUGUUUCUUCAAGUUGGCUUUGUAAGUGUGAUUAGCAAUUGUUUGUGAGGAUAGAUUGAGCUCUUGUGUUAGAGAUAUUUCCAAAUUCCAACCAUAAUAAUCAAUAUUGCACAUGCACAUAUUUGAUUUGUA